CUUAUUUCUAAAUGUACCGAGGGACUGAUAACAUAUUGUUACGAGAAUCAGAAUUCUGAUAAGUAUUCAAACUAAAUGCUGGGAUGUUUUAGUGGAAUGCUCGACAUGAAAUGUUCUACGACAGGUUUUGCGCUUACUGCAUGGUUUGCUUUUCUGACGUGCACUGAUUCCAUUUCAGUUAUUGGACCCACUUGCUUCAGAUGUGAUCGAGAAGUACUGCCUACGACGUGUUCUGACGUUGUUACAUGCGGUCCACACGAGACAUGUGCAAUCGAGAAAGGGGUCGACUUCUUAAACGAUGAUGUGUUUUGGUCAGGCUGCAAAGACAAAAGGGACUGUGCAAGUAACAAAAAGAGAAGCUCUCCAGAUGACGUCACUGUCACGUGCUCAACUUGUUGUGAUGGCAACUUUUGUAACUCUGAGGGCUGUGGAAAAGGAGGAUUCCCACAAGGUGGGCAACAUGUUUGUUUUAACUGUGCCAAUAUGACGUCACCAUCAAAUUGUUCCCAAGUUGCCAUGUGCCAAAAGGACGAGGUUUGUUUCCUUGAAGAAGUGCCACACAAACUCGGUGUUAUCUACCAUUCCGGUUGUAGGAAUUUGCCGGACUGUAAAACCAGUCGGUCGUGUGGAGGUUGUUGUCUUGGAAACUUUUGUAAUUCUGGGUGUAAUCCCUAUGACAACCUUAAGCCUCCCUACCAGUACGUGACCUUGACCAACGCCCCAGGACUGCACUGGAUUACCCUCCUUCCUCAACAGUGACUGUUCAGCGGUUAUCCCCCUUUUACGAAACGCAUCAACAAUUCUAUAUUGUGUCAC